CGUAAUCAUUUUGACAGUUAAUUUAAUUGUGUUCUGUUUAAAUAUUAACCUGAUUCGAACCAUUUUAUCAUCACAAUCAAUAAUUCGCUUUCUUAAAAUAUACUCAUCGUCUUCUUAAUCUCUCUUUCUCUGUCUUUGUUGUUCUCUGUUGUUUCUGCUUAACCUUUUUUUCGAUUGUGAAUCAUAUUUAUAAUUUUCUCUUCUGAAUGAUUGAUCAAUUGGACUAAUUUCUCGGUGGACUUGAUACAUUUAAAGGUCGCUAUUGGUGCGGAAUUUUACUCACUAGAUGAAGAUCAAAAGACAAUCACGAAAACAUGAACACUCUGGUAGACAAUUAUCUUUUUCAUCGCCUCAAGCGAUUCCAAUUAAGGUAAAACAUCAGAAUUGGGAUGGAUUGGCUUUCAUAUUUUUCUUUGUCGCCGUAAUUGGUUCAUUUUUAUUCGAGGUGCUAAUUGUUGUCCCCAAAAUCUACUCAAAAGAUGCAAAUUCAAUCUCUCCAAUAGUUCACAAUACAAUUGGUCUCUACAUCUUACACAAUAUAAUGGGUAAUUUUAUUCAAAUUAUUCGCCACCAAAGUACAAUUCGAGGUCAACUGUUAAUAUCAAACAAUAACAGUUCUUCAUCAGUCAACAAUCAACGCUACUGUUGGACAUGCGAAACUUACACACCACCGAGAUCGUAUCAUUGUCCCUCUUGUGAUGUUUGUAUUCUUAAACAAGAUCACCACUGUUCCUUUGCAAAAUCGUGUAUUGGCUUCAACAAUUUUCGAUAUUUCAUCUCAUUAUUGUUUCACAUCGCAAUUGGAUCUUUUUAUUGUACAACAUUGAACAUGUUCUUCAUCUGGGAUCUUCUCGGUGGUUUCACACUUUACAAUUUUCUCUCUCACACUUUCCCUUUUCUUUUUUGGCUCUUCGGUCGACUUCAUUGGUAUUCGACAAUUUGCUGUCUAAUCUCAAUCAUCAACAUCGCCGCUUGUCUAUUUACCACUGGACUCAUAUUCUAUCAUUGUUCAACUAUGAUCGUCGGACAAACUGUCCAUGAACGAGCUAAAUCGAUCCAAAUCUAUGAUCUCGGCUGUUGGAAAUUGAAUUGUGAACAAUCAUUUGGCUCCAAUUGGAAAAUUGUUUUAAUUUCUCCUCUUAUUCCAUCUAAAUUACCAGGAAACGGGAAAGAUUUUCCGACUCGACAAGAUUAUCACCUGAAUUCGUCCAAAACCAAAUAAUCGUAAAUUAACAAGUGUCUAGUAAUUAAUCUAAGUCCCAAUCGUUUUAAUGAUUACAAUUAAUUUCAAUUUCUCUCUCAUUUUAAAUUCUUUUAAUAAGUAAACUUGUAAAAAUAAAUUUGACAAAAUUUUGUUCUAAUGACUUUAACUUGAAA